AUGAACGCUAGCGAGCUCCUCGCCAAUACCCUAUCUGCCGAUGGACACACGCGUCAGGAUGCGACCGCGAAGCUCGAGGCCGCGUCCCAGGAGAACUAUCCCGCAUACAUGAUGAUGCUCUCCACCGAGCUCGUCAACGAAAGCUCGCCCCAGCACGUCAGGAACGCGGCCGGUCUCGCGCUCAAGAACGCUCUGACCGCCCGAGAAAGCGCACGACAACUAGACAACUCCAACCGAUGGCUCGCGCUCGACGACAACACGCGCAACAAGGUCAAGCAGGACGGCAUGAUGGCCCUCGGCUCGACCAACGCCAAAAUCGGCACCGUCGCCGCCCAGGUCGUCGCCGCCAUCGCCUCCGUCGAGCUCCCGCAGGGCCAGUGGUCUGAGCUCAUUGAGAUCCUCCUCGGCUUCGUGAACAACCAGUCCAGCACGAACAUGCGCGUCGCGACCCUCCAGGCGAUUGGCUUCAUCUGUGAGACUAUCAAACCUGAGAUCCUCGCAAUGCGCUCGAACGAGAUCCUCACGGCUGUCAUUCACGGUGCACGUAAGGAGGAGCCGUCUCCGGAGGUUCAGUUGGCGGCCAUCACCGCGCUCCUGAACUCUCUGGAGUUCGUGCGCGAAAACUUUGAGCGUGAGGGCGAGCGCAACUACAUCAUGCAAGUUGUUUGUGAGGCAACCCAGAGUCCCUCCGUCACUGUCCAGGUCGGCGCGUUUGAGUGCCUUGUCAAGAUCAUGACCCUCUAUUACGAGAAAAUGAGCUUUUACAUGGAGCGUGCUCUGUUCGGCCUCACUGUUAUGGGCAUGAAGCACACUGAAGAGACGAUCGCUCUGCAGGCUGUCGAGUUCUGGUCGACAGUCUGCGAGAUCGAGACGGAUUUGAUAUGGGAAGCCCAAGAGGCCUCCGAAUACGGUGAGCUGCCCGAAAAUGAGAGCAAAUUCUUCGCGAAGAUCGCGCUGCCCGAGAUCGUGCCCGUGCUGCUCCAGCUCCUCACCCGGCAGGAGGAGGACGCGGAUGAGGACGAAUGGAAUAUCUCCAUGGCGGCGGGGACAUGCCUGGGUCUGCUCGCACAGGCCGUCGCAGACACGAUCGUGCCCGCAGUCAUUCCGUUCAUCGAGGCGAACAUCAAGGCACAGGACUGGCACCACCGCGAGGCGGCCGUCAUGGCGUUUGGCUCGAUCCUCGAGGGCCCCGACCCGAACGUGCUCACACCGCUGGUCAACCAGGCGCUGCCGAUCCUGAUCGACAUGAUGAACGACCCGAAUCUGCACGUCAAGGACACGGAUGCGUGGACGCUCGGCCGGAUAUGCGACCUGCUCAUCAACACGAUCAAGCCGGACGUGCACCUCCACCCCCUCGUGUCUGCGCUCGUCAACGGCCUGCAGGACAACCCGCGCAUCGUGGCGAACUGCUGCUGGGCGCUGAUGAACCUCGCGGACCAGUUGGGGUACAGCGAGGGCGACGACGUCUCUGCGGCGAACACUAACCCGCUGUCGCCGUAUGUUGACGGGAUUGUGCAGGCACUCUUGCGUGUUACCGAGACCGCGAGCAACGAAGGUAACUACCGUACCGCUGCAUACGAGGCCAUCACGUCCUACGUCACGCACUCGUCCGCGGACACUAUCCCCGUGGUUCAGAACACGGCGGUCGCUAUCCUUGCGCGGAUGGAGCAGUUGCUUGCCAUGCAAAACCAAAUCGUCGGUGUCGAUGACAGGAACAACUGGAACGACCUCCAAAGCAACUUCUGCAGUGUCAUCAUCAGUGUCACCCGCAAACUCGGCGAGGGCAUCCAACCGCUGGCUGACCGGAUUAUGACCCUCAUUCUCCAGCUCAUGUCAGCAGCAGGGAAGACGUCUACCAUCCUCGAGGACGCCUUCCUCGUCGUCGGCUCGCUCGCCGCCUCGCUGGAGCAGGGCUUCGCGCCGUACAUCUCGGCGUUCCUGCCCUUCCUGUACCCCGCGCUCAAGGCCUUCGACGACACGCAGUUGUGCACGGUCGCCGUGGGCGUCAUCGGCGACAUCUGCCGUGCGCUUGGCGAGCACAGCUCGCAGUACGCGAACGCGUUCAUGGGCGUGCUCCUGGAGGACCUGUCGAGCGAGGUGCUGAACCGCGACGUGAAGGUGUCGAUCUUGUCGUGCUUUGGUGAUAUCGCGCUGGCGAUUGGCAUGACGUUCGAGCCGUAUAUGCAGACGACCAUGGGCGUGUUGCGGCAAGCUGGCGCGGUGCAGCCGAACCCGCUUGACCUCGACAUGGUCGAGUACGUCGCAUCCCUGCGGGAAGGUAUCCUUGAGGCGUACACUGGUAUCGUCGCAGGUCUCAAGAACACGGAGAAGUCCACGCUGCUCCUUCCACACAUCCCGCACAUCUUGGAGCUCGUGCAAAAGUGUCUGGCGGACAGCGAGCGGACAGACACGGCUGCCAAGCUGUGCUUCGGCCUCAUCGGCGAUCUGGCGGACACCUUCCCUGAUGGCCAGGUCAAGCAGCUCUUGCUCUCGGACUGGUUGAUGAACGAGCUACGUCAAAAGAACCGUUACCCACAGGACGUGAAGAAGACCCUGCGCUGGGCACGCGAGAUGGUCAAGCGGGCCACUGCAUAG